CACGGCUGCAACCAUUGCCCGCGGUUGCCCCAUCUCAGGUUGUCGCCGAAUCGAGAGCGCGAGCCCAACGCCGUCUGAAGCAGAUAAUAACUCGAGUCGCGGCUCUCCGCGCGGGUUGCGGCUUCUUGCCCGGUAUUGUCGGAGCUGCAUGCCAGUCCUUUGACCCUCCAUGACGCGUUGUGUUUGUCGCACCUCCUGCCUGCACGUAAACAAGUAAACAAUCAACGCAUGACGCGCGUCACCGGUCGUCCCCCUCCAAACCGCUGCGCUGUUUUGCGCUCCUGCCAGACUGUCGAUGCGUCUGAGGAUGAUGCCAACAACGAAGAAGAAGCUGGGCUCGAUCGGCUUGUUUAUGCGGCAAGCCGACGGGAGCGUGGUCGCUGGUGGUGGUGGCCCGCAGGCCGGGAGCACUAGCAGCCCCCGGGCUGCCGGAGGGCCAGUGGGCCACCCUGCCCCUGCAACGCCUGCCCCUGCUUUGUCAGGCCCGGGGCCUCGAAGCGCGAGCGCGACGGGCCCAUCGCAACUUCCGCAGUUGCAGCCACCCAACGAGAUUGUCGCGGCUCGGCAAGAACGUCAACUGCCUGACACGCCUGCAACUUCCAGGUCAAUACCCGUGCCCAAGAUUGGCCGAUACGCGGCCACGUCCCAGCCAACCGCGCCCAUGAGCCUCCCUUUGCAGCAUCUUCACCCAAUGCAGCGGAGCAGGACGUCCGCCUCAGACACGGCACGUGAGGCCCCGCGGGGCCACAACGCCUGGGAAGACUCGACCGUGGCCUCCAUGUUUGGCGACAACGAGAGCAGGGCUGGCUCGGAGAGGCUUCGUGUGCCCCAGGCAGGCCACAGCCGCCACUACAGCGAUGUUCCGCCGCCGCAGAGGGCAUUGCCCCGCCCACCCAGCCGCGCCCAGCACAAGCACGACGAGAGGCUGCCGUUCGUUAUUGGCGAGAACGGAAUGCUCAAGGUCAUCCCGCCGCCCAGUGCUCAGAAAGCCCCCGAGACAGCUCCUGCCCCAUUGGCCCUCAAUGCCACGCCGAGUGGCGAUAUCUUCGACGACCAGAGCGUCAGGCAGGACGAACCUGAUCAUGAGGUCCGUCGGAUCUUCGAAACGCCCACCAAAACCAACGGGCUUAGGCGCACCAAGCUCGCGUACCGAGAGAACCGCGAUCUCAGAAGCAACGCAUCACCAGAGCGGGUUGGCCCGGGGUAUUCGCCCGAGUCGCAGACCGUGAGCCUGUCGCCGGAGAGACAGACGGAGGCGGGCGGCCACAUCGACAAGAUAAGGUUACAGGAGCGCCUGGCACGCGAGCGCGAGCGCCAACGUGAGCGCGAGCGUGAACGUGAACGUGAGAGGGAACGGGAGAAAGAACGGCAGCGGGAGCAAGAGCGGAACAUCCAGAAUCAACAGCCGAAUCCUUUCGAGACCCUGACGCCCGUCGACUUCGACGAUCCCGACUUCAACGACACCAAGGCAGCCGUCGUCGCGUCAAGUUCUGCCAUCGACGCGGACGCGCUCAAGGAAGCUCUAGAGCGCACUCCGCGGGCUAAUCGGCAACCACAGAAGCAGCUGUUCGCACCGCAGAACCACAACAACCUCCUCGGCGAGGCUCCCCCACCCCUCGGCCGCACAGCCAGCCGCCGACAGAAAUCACCAACCAAGGAGCUGGCCCCGAACGCAGCUCCCACCACAAUAUCCCGGAAACGCCGCCAAAGCCUCGACUACAACGACGCCGAGCUACACGCCAUGAGCUACUCAGAGCUGCGCAACCAAGAUUUCGACUUUGACCCGCAGACCGCAGCGCUCCAGCAACCGUCUCUUCCGCCAACAGGGGGCAGCAUCCAGGAGCGGCUCGAGCACUACAAAUCAAAGGGCACUCUCGACCAGCACCAGUUCUUCACCCAGAUCUCGAUAGAGGAGUGGGACGAGGCGGGCGACUGGUUCCUAGAGCAAUUUGGAACCGUCAUGCAGCGGUUGAGGGAGGCGCGCAGGACAAAGCGGCGGCUAGUACAGCAGUAUGAGGAGGAGAUAGCCGCGAGAGAAGAGGCAGUGCGCGGCAAGAUCGAGAAUAUUGGACGAACGCUGGAAGAGCUUAAGAAGGAGGGCCAGACGAUGAUGGAAGGGAAAGAUGUGGAUAUGGAGUUUUAGGUGAUACGUGGUGAAUGGAUGGUGAUUGCGGGAGUGAGUGCCCAAGGGGGGUGUGGAAGGCGCGGCGAUGUCGCUGCAUGGUAGGGGUGUGUAUAAGAAUGAUUUCCGGUCGAUCCUGUUCU